CGCGGGUAAUUGUGUGUGGGUGGGGGAAACUUUGAAAAGUUGGAUCUGCUGACCCGGCCAAUUUGAGACUUCCCUGUCUGCUUCAGAAGCACAGUUAUAUACCAAUUACAGUACUUGUAUAGCUGUAGUUAUAUUCUUCUUUGGGAGAUCUGGAAAUAUGAGCAAAAAGAAACUAAGACGUGUGGGUUUAUCACAAGAGCUAUGCGACCGUUUGAGCAGAUAUCAGAUUGUUAACUGUCAGGACUUUUUAUGUCUCUCCCCACUGGAACUUAUGAAAGUGACUGGCCUGAGUUAUGGAGGUGUCCAUGAACUUCUGCGUACAGUCAGCAAGGCCUGUGCUCCACAGAUGCAAACGGCUUAUGAGAUAAAGACACGGAGGUCUGCGGAUCUCUCACCAGCGUUCCUGUCUACCACCCUUUCUGCUUUGGAUGAAGCUCUGCAUGGUGGUGUUGCUUGUGGAUCUCUCACAGAGAUUACAGGUCCACCAGGUUGCGGAAAAACCCAGUUUUGUAUAAUGAUGAGUGUUUUAGCUACAUUACCCACCAACAUGGGAGGAUUAGACGGGGCUGUUGUGUAUGUUGACACGGAGUCUGCAUUUACUGCUGAAAGACUGAUCGAGAUAGCGGAAUCCCGUUUCCCACACUAUUUUAACACGGAGGAAAGAUUGCUUCUCACCAGCAGUAGAGUUCAUCUUUGCCGGGAACUCACCUGCGAGGGACUUCUGCAAAGGCUUGACUCUUUGGAGGAAGAGAUUAUUUCAAAAGGAGUUAAGCUUGUGAUUGUGGACUCCAUUGCUUCUGUGGUCAGAAAGGAGUUUGAUCCGCAGCUUCAAGGCAACAUCAAAGAAAGGAACAAGUUCUUGGCCAAGGAGGCAUCCUUAUUGAAGUACCUGGCUGAGGAAUUUUCCAUCCCAGUUAUCUUGACGAAUCAAAUUACGACCCAUCUGAGUGGAGCCCUCCCUUCUCAAGCAGACCUGGUGUCUCCGGCUGAUGAUUUGUCCCUGUCUGAAGCUCUUUGUCGGAUGAGCAGCGAUGCAUCAUUUAGGAAAAGCACUUCUGGACCCAGCUGUGUGGUAGCUGCACUAGGAAACUCAUGGGGUCACUGUGUGAACACUCGGCUGAUUCUCCAGUACCUCGAUUCAGAGAGAAGGCAGGUUCUCAUUGCCAAGUCCCCUCUGGCGCCCUUCACCUCCUUUGUCUACACCAUCAAGGGCGAAGGCCUGGUUCUUCAAGUCUCCUAGACGUCUCUCUGCUCCCAGAGCUGUGGAAGGACAGCCUUUACUCCACUGAAGAGCUCACACUUCAACUCCAGAGGUCUCUCUUCAGACCAAAGGAAGGACCCAUCCAUCAGUAUGCUCAGCCGAAUAUGUCAAGAGUGAGAGGAAACGUAGCACCUGCUUCCCUGAGUUCUGCUGAAGACAGCAAUCACAUGAAACACAUUUUCCGGCACCCCAUACAGACCUGGGAGGAAAGAAGAGCAACAAAUCGCCAAGUAUAGAGCUGGAGGGAUUUGAUUUUGCUGCCCAAAUACCAGGGACUUAAAGUCUGUGUGAGCCUGAGAGACUCCAGACAUGCUCCCUCCGUGUGGUGGCUCCAUGCUGCACUUGUGUGUCUAGGUGCCUGUCUACACUGCCACUUUGGUGGGGGAAUGGGGAUUUUUAGAGGCAUCAAGAAGCUGAGAAGAAGGCUCAGGGGCCAAGAGCACUUGCUUCUCUCCCAGGGAAUACAAGUUCAGAUCCCAGGACAGGCACACACACACACACACACACACACACACACACACAGAGCAAGUGCUGGCAAUUAAGUCCUCCCCCUCUUUCCCAAGAGAUGACACAUGCCGCUUCUCCCAGACUUUGCACUCCUGUAGCCGCACCUGAAGGGAGCAGGAAAGAACAAACUCCCCUGAAGAGAGCUGGAUAUACCAGUGACCACCCAAACAUCUGCGUCGGUGUACCGGCUUGGGUUUCCUUCCAAAGCCACUCCUUGUAUAUACCUCCCCCUUAGAUUACUCAGCAUAUGCCCACAAUCUCUGUGGAGCGGGUGCUGAGGGAGGGAGACCUCUUUGAAAGAGAGGUCUAACCAGGGAGGGCCAGUUAACUCAGAACUUUUCUCUCCAUGCUGUUAGCUACCAAUAGCUCUGGGAAAGAAGAGGGAGCUAAAAAGGAGCCAUGGCCUGCUCUGCCUGAUACUCUGAAGAUAAAACAGUAACUUUGAGCUGCCUGGGACAAACUUGCUUUGUGUGAAAAGGUUUCUGGAAAUGUGCCUCCAUUCCUCCCUUCUUACCAGACAUGAUUCAGAUUCCCUCUAAGCCCUAUGACUUCCAGAAAGCAGCUCUCCCUGCAGGGGUGGGGGUGGGGGACACAAAAACUUUCCCUUAUUAUUCCCAAUAAUGAAUCCCUGCUCUGAGUGGAUUCUGUCCAUGUGUUUUCAGUCAAGGCCCGAUGGCAGCCUUGCCAGGGGACAUUUCCAAGAGGCUGUGGACAUAAUAGAUGAGGCCUGUAUUGACAAGCGCUGUCCUUAGUUUUCUAUCCAGUUCAGCCUUCCUGAGCUCUGAAAUCAGAGAUGAAAAAUGAUGAAGCAAGACGGCUGCCACACCCGUUCACUUCCUUUGGGUAAAAAGACAUUGUUUUAGGGCUCCCCCCACCAACCCCCAAGACAGUCAUGGAUCUGAAGCCUAGUAACUUGAGAAGAACGUCUCAGGACCAAACUAUUUUUUGUAGGUGCCAGGAGGUCCUUUCUUCUGGACCUCGGCAUAGUCUUAGAUUGCUCCGACACCCCAAGAGCAAAGAGAGAAAUGAAGCCACGACGUUUCCUACAGAGAGCUUCAAGUAAAGCCUUAUUUCAAGUACCCAGACCGCCACCAGCUGUAGUGUUGGCCACGUCUGUUCAGACAGCCAACCUAUGCACUCUACCCAAAGCAACCUGCCUACAGAGAAUGCAUGCCCUCUUUGAGAGAAGUUGGGUUCUUUUCAUUCAGAAAAAAACAAGUAUUAAUUCCCUCCGGUAAAAGGUGAUGUGUUCUUAAGGACAGUGGUGCUGCCUUCGGGAUUGGAAGCAUCUGUCUGUAGUUCUACUUCCUGGGGCUUCAGUUACAUGUGGUUCCUAUACUUCAGCCUUUCAGCUAUACUCCUCCCCUGCGACUUCUUCCCCCCCCCCCCAGGGUAAACAUUCCUAAGAAAGAACUCUAUUGGCUCCAGCUUCUCUUACUGUAUCUCACCACCACUGGUCCCCAGUGGUGUGGGCUGGAGAAGUAAUUGAAAACAUGACUGACUGCCUGUGCCGCAGAAGGUGUGAACAAGGCUGCUUAGGCCAGAGGAGUUGAGAGAGACCAAGGCAGAAGGCCUUGAACGGGACCCAGCAGGGCUACCCAUUCUCUCAUUCUCUCCAUCCUCCCCCCACCCCCGUCCCUGUAGACCUGUCCCCUGCACCCUGUUGUUACCCUUUUUCCAUCUCUCAACCCGUCUGGUCCAACAUGGAUCCUGUUUAGAUGCCCAAUCACAGAGAUCUCAGCCUGGUAGCGAAGCUCUUAAGAGUCAUAUAAGAAUGUAAGGAAAGAGAGAGAAAAAUAAAACCCCUUCUGCUAAAGAAAAUUCUUUUUCCCUCCUGAGGCUCCUUACCUCCCCCGUCACCCUCCAAUUCUCAGAAUAAUUUCCAGCUUGCCAAAAUCACAAGCAAAAGAGGAGCUUCCAUUGAGGAGCCCUAAUGGAGCAAUUGGGGAUGGAAGAUCUUCCAUCCCCAUUCUCUCCGAUCCCCGGUGCCAGGUUCUUAACUAAAAAGACCCAGGCAAUUUGCUUUCAAACUGAAAUUUGGAACACAACCGAAGGACUCGUUUUGGAUAAAGUUUUUGCCAAUUGUGUUCUCCGCAAAUGCCCAAAACUCUUUGAAGUUACUCACACAUCUUCAUGAUUUUGGAAGACCAGUCAUGUCUGUUCGCUACCCUUUCAACUGCUGAGAGUUCUUCUCUGUGUGAAUUCAGACACCCACGGACCAGAGGAAAAGUUGAAUUGCAACCUUGUUUUCCCAUGUACAGUCACUAGACAGUACUAACGUCUGUGCCUUAUCAGGUGGCUGAAAGUCCACCGCAGUCUGCCUUCAAAUUCUAGUAUUUCCAUAUUCUUUGGAGUGUCCAUGAGGUUAUGAAUGAAAUAGAAGUGAACCUAACCAAGCCAGGUUCCCUGCCCUGCCCUGAGCUCUGGGGAUGUCAGCGCCGAUCAGACCGUCAGUCAGAUUCUUUCUGUGACUGACACUUUUAUCUACGGACUAAAACCGUAGCGUUCUCUUUGCAGAGUAUGAUGGCAGCAGUAACUGGCUGCGGUUUUAACCCUGCUGCUCAGGGAUUGGAGAGCCAGUCCUUCUGGAUCACUUCCAGAUCCCUGCUCGUUCCACUUAGAGUCUGAGGCUGAUGUCUAUUGCCGUUGGCUGUCCUCUGGGACCCAAGAACCCAUCUGGGCUUUGUCCAGCCUCUCAUGCCAGCACCACCAUCCAAACUCCACAGCCAUUUCCAAUCGGACAGCUGGGAGGUUGAUGCAGAGAUGAAGCAGGAGCCAGCUUGGCUUUCUCCCAGGUCUCUGGGUCCCUCCGGGGUUCAUCAGCAAGCGCCUAUCUUUCUAUCCAUAGCAUACGCCUAAGCACAACACCUGGUCAGACCCACAGGAAGCCUGAAGAUGGAUGUUACGGCAAUUAUUCUGACCAUCACUGGGUAAGCUAGACUCCGAAUCUCUACAUAAAAACAACCAUGAUCAACCCAGUCAACCAGCUCAGAAGACCUGUAGCCCUGAGUGUUCCUUCAAUACCUCGGCUUUGGUAGUCUCCAUAUUUCAUAGGCUCCUUGUGCUGUGAACUUUAAACCACAUUGCUCCAUGUGGGCACACAGGGUUUAGUGAUGGGGUGGGGGGGUGUGUCCGAGUUCAUGUUUCUUUAGUGGCAUCUCAGCCCCUUUCCCAUCUUCACAGCCCAAACUGGCCCAAACUGACAACUUCUCUUAGUAGCUCACCCAAAUGAACUCGGACACUGGGGAACUGCUUAUGCAGGGAAAGGGGAAAGUGAGAGAGGCACUGAAGGUGGAGAGGGGACGCACAAAAAGUAGUAUGUUCAGACUAGCAUAGGAGAAUGCCAUGGACGGUAUGGUUUAAACACCAGAGAUGAGCUUUCUCAGAGCUCUGGGGACUGGGAUUCCAAGGUGACAGGGGUCUCCUGAAGCCUCUGAGCAUGGUUUGCAGACAGAUGGAGAUGUCUGUCUCCAUCUUAGUUUGCAGAUAAAUUCCUUCUCUUUGUGUCUUCCCAUGACUUUCUCCUGUCCCUGAGUUCCUCUUGCCUCCUCCAUUUCAAAACUCCUGUUCCAUUAGAACCCUAACCCUUCUGACCCCAUUUACCUUAUUUAUCUCCUUCUUUUUUUUUUUUUUUUUUUUUUUAGUUUGGGUUGUUUUGUUUUGUUACUUGAGACAUGAUCUCACUGUUUAUCCCUGGCUAGCCUCACACUCACUAUGUGGCCCACCCAGAUCUUUCUGCCUCAGCCUCCCAAAGUGCUGAGAAAACACUCCUAGCUUACUUAUCUCCUUUUCAAGGUGAUCACUCCAAAUAAAGUCACACAUGACCUUAGUGUUUCCACAUGAAUUCUGAGGUGACGCAGUUUGAUCUCUAAUGCCCUUACCCGCUCCCUUCAACAGAUGAUUAUCUGCUAUCCUCCCCUUACCUAAGAUGCAAAGGCAUGACGGGGGCCAUUUGAAAAGUGCUAAGGGAGGCAGGGGUGCCUAGGCAAGAAGAAUGAAAAGAUGCACCAUGGAUGGUAGGAUGAAGUAGGCGGAACUAGGCCCUGACAUCGUACUCUGCUCCUGGCUUGAUUAGCUCAGUUUUUACGAAGAAUACUCCAAAUUUCAUCUAUUACAAGUUCCCUUGCUGAGAAUAGUGGCCCCCCAGUUCUUUGGAGACUGAGAAAGGAGGAUUGGUGUGAGUUUGAACAGACCGAGCUAUAUUGUAAGGGCUAGGCUAAUAGGCUAGCCUGGACUACAGAAUAAAACCUUACUUUUUUCCUUUUUUUUUUUUUAAGUUGCAGGUAGCAGUCUUACUGUUACCCUUGUGGUUCUCUCUAAACAAACCCGUUUUCAAUAAAUAAAUAAACAAAGGAAGGAAGGAAGGAAGUCCUACCCUUGGUAUCCUGGUUAUAUGAUCAAAUUCCUCGCUUCCCAGCCUCCAUGGGGAUAAUAUGUCUAUGGCCUUCAGUAGCAAUCUCAUGUACCCCCUUCCAUGUUUCUUCUUGUUCACUCUCCAUCAACCGACUGACCCCACCCAUUGGCUGUAAAGUCCUGCUCUUCUUCUUAUGUUUAGCCUCUCUUCUCUACUGCAAAACCUCACUAUAUUGUCCUUUCUUGAAUAAGGCCUUCCUUAAAGUCUUUAACAAGUGUGGCUAGAGAAACUCAGAACAGAACUCACCUGCACACACCUUGUGGGAUCCUGCCCUCAGGUUGCCCAAACACCCAAUUUUAUAAGAAAGCUCAGAGACUGAAUGUUAGCUAAAAUAUUUCUUAAGUCUUAAGUAAAUCUUGAAAUUUAAACCUGAUAAGAUACCGUGCAAGACAAAUGGGCCUGUUUGUGGUCUGAAUGCAGCCUGGAGGGAGCCAGGUUUUCUUUCUGUGAAGCUAAUGCAUCCCAUUACCAUGUGAGGAUGGGUACAUGUGGCUCAGAAUUCAGGCCCAGACCUCCUGGAUUCAUAAUCUAGUCUACCCCUCACCACUUUAGUAAUCUUGGCCAUUAUCUGUGUCUCUCGGCGUUGUUGGAAGGGUACAGCUAAUUAAUACAUGCCAGCACCUAAAGCAGCGUCCUGUUAAGAAAGUCAGAACUCAGAGUCAGUGUUGGCAGCUGUUGUCAUAGACCUCUCAGUGUCCUCACUGAUAAAACGAGGACAUUUGUGUUUCCCACAAGAGUGUUGUGAGGGCAAAAGAACAAUGAGUAUGGGAAGCGUUCUGUAGCCAUUGCUCCUCUUUGACAGUAAUGGGACCCAGGGUACCACAUAGUCGAAUAAAAUCCUCUGUCACCGAAUCACACACCCACUCUCCGACCCCCUCCACCCCACACCCCACUACACCCCACCCCACUGCACCCCACCCUGCCGUUAGCUUUGUUACUGUUCCUGUAAGUGGAGAACAGACUUCCCAGUGUGGGUCUGCAAAGCCCUAGGAAGACAAGGGUUGAGUGAGAACUGAGACUCCUUUUCUUUCCUAGGACUAAACUCUUAGAAUGUCUUAUUAGAAGUUGGUGAGGGCCUCAUGUGGCACACACCUUUAUUCUCAGAACUUGGGAGGCAGGCGUAGGUGGAUCUCUGUGUGUUCGAAGUUAGCCUGGUUUACUCAGGGAGCAUUCCAGGACAGCCAGGGUUAUACAGACCUUGUCUUAAGAAAGAAAGAAGGAAAGAAAGAAAGAAAGAAAGAAAGAAAGAAAGAAGGAAGGAGAGAGAGAGAGAGAGAGAAAGAAAGAAAGAAAGAAAGAAAGGAAGGAAGGAAGGAAGAAAGGAAGGAAGGAAGGAAAAAAAAGUAAAAAGGUGGUAAGUUUUUCCUUCCUUGUUUUAAUUUACUAUGACAGAUUUAAAACAGAAAAAGAAAAAAAUAGCAUAAUUAACACCCAAAUAGCCUUACUUAAUUGUUAGACUUAAUUAUUAAUAGACUUAAUUAUUGUUACUGUUUACCAUGCAUGUUUCGCUUGAUGAAUUUUCCUGGCUGAUAUAUGGGGUAGGGUAUGGCAGGGACAUGGUAAGGAAGUGGGGUGAAGAGAGGUAUGAAGUUAGCAAACCAGAGAGCUGGCCUCUUUAAAAGAAGUCAGGAGUGAAUCAAGAAAGGAUUUUUUUUAAAGAAUAAUUUGUCAGAAUAAACAUUGUUACUGCUUUCAGUAAAGUAAAAUAAAUAGAAUAGCAGAACUUUUUUUUUUUUAAGACUUUAGGCUGGACAUAACAGGGAAUGCCUUUAAUUCUAGCAUAACAGGGGUUCAAGGCUACCCUCAGCUAUGGGUUAAGGUUAGUGUGGAGCAUAUGAAACCCUGUCUCAAAAAGCAACAAAUCCCCCCCCCCCCAAUAUUUCGAUUUACUGUUAAUUUUAAGGUUUUAAAUUUUCACUCACAAAAUUUCUGGAGAUUUUGGAUGGAAAAGUGUCUCUAUUGGGAAGAUUUCAAACUAACACUAGCGGAUCAUGAAGAGUCUAGUAAACUCGGAGUGACAGAAAUAAAAAAAUGAACGGCUUUAGAAAGAAAUACAAAUACUACCCCUCAAAGAAAGUAUAUGCGCCCUGUCAACAGCUGCUUCCUGGCAAAGCGCUUAAAGGGGUCUGUGUUCUAAACCUACGCCUGUUUCUCAGCAUCAGCUACCGCUGACAUAAACGCUCACACUUCUCACAGGAAUGGAGAGCGGCACUUCGCUUUUUUUUUCUUAUUUACUUUUUAUUCGCAAUCAUAAAUUUAACUCUGCAAUCCAACUAGACCUGGAGGGGAAUGAGGAAAAUACGGCGCCCAGAGAACUUCAAUGAGAGCAGAGAUCACGGGGUCUCCCGAGCAAAUGGUGUGGGGUGCGCUCUCCUGAGCUACAGAAGGAAUGGUCUGUCCACCGUCGGAAAUUGUCAUCUUCUUGCUGGUCUUGCCAUCCCUGGACCCAAAACACUGCAUGGCUUCCACAGUGUUCAUGCCUUCUUUCACCUUCCCGAAGACCACGUGCUUGCCAGCCAGCCAGCCACUCAGUCUUGGGAGCGCAGAUAAAACCAUUUUUGUUCGGUCCAGCAUUUGCCAUGGACAAGAUGCCAGGACCUGUAUGUUUCAAGUUCUCAUCCUCAAAUUUCUCUCCGUAGAGGGACCUGCCGCCAGUGCCAUUAUGGCCUGUGAAGUCACUACCCUGGCACAUGAAUCCUGGGAUAAAUUCCGUGAAAGAAGGAACCCUUAUAUCCAAAUCCUUUCUCUCCAGUGCUCAGAGCACAAAAGUUUUCUGCCGUCUUUGGAACUUUGUCUGCAAAUGGCUGGAAGGUGACGCGGCCCAAGGGCUGGCCAUAGGCCUCAAUGUUAACUCGAGUGGGGUAGACCAAGGCUGCAGCAAAAGGCGUCAGGGGACAGCGGACAGGACAGCGGCAUCUGCAAAGCCAACCCUCAGCUUUAAAAUGCUAUUAUUCCUACUCCUCAUUUUUUUCCACUGACAUUCCUUCUCAACCGGGGCCGACCCUCAGAGCUCUAUUGUACUGAAAAUCUCGAAUUCAGCCCAAAGGGUAUGGGGUAUGGGGGAAACGUGGCACAGAGGGAGAGCGAAGUGCUCUCUGGAGGCUGGGAGGAGUGCAGGGAGGGGAGGGGAGGCGUGCUGGCAGGACAACAGAGAGAAGCACCAAGGUGUGAGGAGGGAGGAGAAGCAAUGCAGCAAGCCUUCCACCCCCCGGGGAAAGGGGAGAGGGAGCUGAGGAGCCUCCGCUGUAAAACUGCUGCUUGAGCUUCAUCAGACUAGCCUGGUAGAAACAAAGCCAGGUGGCAAGUUUUUCUCCAGAGUUAAAAACAAAUGCUAGCGAACAGGGAAAGGCAAAGCGGUCCCCUCUUCCUUCCUGGAGCUGCGUCAGGAAUCUCCUUUCCAGUGGCCCUGGACCCACCAGGAAGCCCAUCCCCAAAGGUUCUCAGGUCUGAGCCCCAGACCUGGCUGAGGGUCUGUCUAUCUGUGUCUGGCCAGUGUCUAGCCAAAUUGCAACUCAACCCAAGACCCUCUUCAGGUAUGUCUUCCUUCCCUGGGCGACUAGAUGCGGAAUAUAUGGUGUGGGACGUUCUGGGGGGAGUGCAUUGGUCAUUGUUGAAGCCCAGCUGUGAUUUGUAACUGGCACACAGUAAGACUCAGAAGGUGGUUUGAACCUAAGGGAACCUUCCCCCGCCCCCCUGCAAUGUGUAACCUUAAUAAAUAAAAUAUUAAUUUCCCAAACCAAA